UCUACUGACAGAACUGACACGGGCUCAGCAGGCAUGGAGGCCCGGUUUUGUGAAUGAGGCCCAGUCCAAAUCGGCUUGGCUCCGAUAACUCAAGCCCGAAGAGAAUUCGGCGGCGUCGGAGAUAGCACGGGCAACAUACCGCUCGAUUGCAACAAAUAGCUACAACCGAGCGACCAUGUUGAUGGCUAGCUACGCAAUAAGGGAAUUUCUGUCCAAAUAAUGUGAACACCGAUUUUGGACUUAAAGAGAGCCUGAGAGACGGAGAGAGAAGACUGGACCGUUGGAAAAGGACAAACCGACGACCACGAACAAGGAUUGCUUUCCUACCCUUGUUGACCCCCCCUCCCCCUCUCCCUUUUCCCCCUUUCCCCCCUCCCCAGUCCCCCACCUGCCCCUGGCGGCUCCGCCCGGGGGCACCACCACCCCAUCUGCCCCAAAACCCCUGAUGGAUCAGAGGACCCAGGGAGGGUCCGCCUCUCCGCCCCCUCUCCCUCCCGCCGCCCCUCCUCCGGGGGAGCGAGAGAAGGAGGGAGGGGGUGGGAAGAAAGAAGAGGAGAAGAGAGAGGGAUCUCCGCCGGAGGCUAGCAGCGGAGGAGGAGGAGCAGGAGUAGGCGGAGGCGACCAGCAGCAGUUCUCCAUCAAGGAGACCAACUUUUCGGAGGGCAACGUCAAGCUCAAGAUCGGGCUGCAGGCCAAGCGGAUGAAGAAGCCGCCCAAAAUCCUGGAGAACUACGUGUGCCGGCCGGCGAUACGGACCUCCGUCAGGCACGGGCGGGGCGGCGGGCGGGGCUGCCGCGGGGGCGGGGUCACGGGGGCGAGCGGGGACCGAGACAGGACCGCGGCUCUGAGCGCCGCACCGAAACCGCCCUCUGCGCUGUCGUCGCCCGCAACUGCCCCGGCUCCUCCCCCACCUCCUGCCCCGCCGGCCCCCUUCACGGGGAACCCCCAAGGGAAAAGGGGUCCCCCAAAGCUGGCUCGCAAGUCGGAGGCAAAGUCGGACCCCUCUACAGAGAGACCCGUGAACCUUCAUCGACCUGGGACAGAUGACGGAUUGACCCCGCCUCAAAAGAAAAGCCCCCCUCCAUCAGCCAGCAGCCCUCCCUGCUCCACCCCUACGCCUCCCCCCGCAGCCCUCUCGAUACAGGGCCCUAAGGAAGGAGGGGGAUCCGAUGGAGCUUCCAAACCCCCCCAGAGCUCUCUCGGUGAGGGCCAGAGGGACAGGGGUGUGUUGAACCCUAGGGGGUCCACCACCGUCACAGAGAAACUGGCUCAGCUCAUUGCCAUCUGUCCACCCUCCAAGUCCGCUAAGCCCAAGGUUCGCAAAUUUCCCUCCUCUUCCUCCUCCUCCUCCUCCUCCUCCUCCUCCUCCUCCUCCAACUCAAUUGCCGCAGUGAAUGUGAACUCAACCGCCACGGGCCCCGUCCCGCCGCGUCCAGACCCCGCCUCGCUCAGCAGAGCAUCGGGCUCCUCCUCCAACUCCCAUUCCCCCCGCCCACCCACGCCGGUUUCCCGGCCACCCGGCCGCCCCCCAGGCCCGCGGCACAAAGACGUUCUACUGGAAAAGUUUACUGCCCCAUCCAGGAAAGAGGAAGGAGAUGGGGAUGGAAAGAGAGGCAGCAACGGCAACGCUAAUGGCAGUAGCAGCCCGGCAACCUCUGCAAACAUCAGCAACAACAAUAGCAACGGUAAUGGGGUCAGGCAGCAGCCACCUCUCACCUAUCGACCCGUGUCAUUGUUAUCGCCACCUAAGCUGACCUCAGAUCAGAGGGCCGGAGGUGCGUUGGAUGGGCGACGGUGUCCUGCCACCUCUCUUCCCAGGAAUGGGCCUACCCAGACAGCUGAACGUAGCGAGAGAGAGCCAGACAGAGAGAAAGAUGGCCCCAGAGACUUGAGCAAAGGUGGGCCUUUGUCUAAACCAGGAAGGCGAGAGGCUAUGAGUAAGGCCGCUUCGCCUUCUCAGGGGGAGGGCAGAAAGAGUUUGAGUCCCAAAAGCCGUAGCUCCAGUCGGGACCGACACACAGCUGCCCCCUCAGAACCCGCAAGACGGACUUCCUCGCCCGCUGACCCUCCCUUUGCUGCGCCCCCUCCCCAAAAGGAAACCGCUGAUAUGUACCCCAGUUCACCCCCAGAACAGGACUGCAAGCCUCUGAAGAAGCGCAAGGGCAGGCGGCCGCGGUGGACGCGGGUCGUGAACCGGACCCAGAGGCCGACCCAGGCCUGUGCGACCGACGACAAGCACCUGAACCUGUGCAAGAGUCAUUUGACGUCGCAGCUCGCCCCUCCUCACAAGCCCAGACCAGUAGGACGGCCCCCCAACCCCAACCGUGUGCCCCCCUCUGUUUCCCAGCUCUUUGCGGCUCCUCCCAGGAAACGAGGUCGCCCAAAGUCCAAGAUGCCCCGGCUGGAUGCUCCCCAGCCCGGCCGCGCCGUUCGGUUGCCCCCCUCAAAGGUGUACUCCCUGCUUAAGUCCAAAGAGGAGCAGGACCCCCCUGUCUUGCAUCCGGAGGUGGACCUGAACCCUCCACAGCCCUUGCGCAGGAAGCGGGGACGCCCCAAGCGGCAGCCUCCAAACUUACCGCAGGAGGCCCAGCCCCCGACUUUGGCCCUGGAGGAGAGGGGAGGGAGUGGGCUGAUGGCCGGCGAGGGUGCGGACGCGGAUAAGGCCUUCCGCAAGAAAGGCAACGGCCAGCUGAUAAUGAAGACCAUUAUCGGCAAAAUCAACAAGAUGAAGACUCUGAAGCGCAAGCGGCUCCUCAGCCAGAUCCUGACUGUGUCGGGCGCUGUGGCAGAGUCCUCGCGGACCGCAGGCGGGGAAGCCGUUGCGGCCGCGGCAGCCGCUAAGCACUCCUUGUCUUCCCUGGCGGCCUCUUUCGGGAGCAAACUAGGCCCUCAGAUCAACGUCAGCAAGAAAGGGACAAUAUACAUGGGCAAAAGGAGAGGACGCAAACCCAAAGCGUCGGCUAAUCCCUGUGCUUCUGCUCCCCUCCCCGAAAACUUCCUGCCCCCAGCCUCCAACUCGCCCCUUCACCAUCCCCAGCAGCAGUCCCUCCAAGCCCAGCAACACCUUCCUCCUCCGGAGGUCUUUCCCUCCCCCACGCUCUCGCAGUCCAGUGGUGGCCAAAGCCCCAUUAGCGAUGCCGGCUUUGUAGAGCCCGGUGCCGUGCACUUUGCGCCACACGCUCACUGCAGCCACUCGCACCACGCCCACCACUCCUUCCCCCUCCGCCCUCCAUCUUCCCUGGCUCCUUCCCCAGCCCGCCCCCUCGGUCCGUUAGGCUCCUCCUCCGCCACCCCUUCCCCGCUGAGGAAGUCGUCGUGCCGGGGCCACCACCAUCACUACCGGCACCACUUCCACUGUCGCAAGCUGUCCCCUCCCCCGCCCCUCCUGCCCACAUCCCCCUCUCACCUGAGCGAGCUGAAGGAGGCCACGCCUUCGCCCGUCAGCGAGUCCCACAGCGAGGAAACGGUGCCCAGCGACAGCGGCAUAGGAACGGACAACAACAGCACCUCUGACCGGGGGGAGAAAGUCGGAAGCGGGUGUGGCGGCUUGGGUGGCUUAGGCAGCCUGGGGAUCGCCCAUAGAAUGGCAGGCGGAGUUCUGAUGCCUGGAGUUGUCGGGUCGAUGGCGGGGGUAACUGUCGGAGUCAGCCCGCGCGGCCGACGGAGACACGCAUCCUCGGUGUUGCUUGACCGCCCCUCCCCCUCCCCUUCCCCUCUGGGCUCCGGAGUGUCCCCAGACCCCCGUAGAACUCCCCCCGCACCCCCGACCUCGUCUCUGGUCAGCCACAAGGAAAAGCACAAGCACAAGUGCAAGCGACGGGGGCACGCCUGCCCCGGGUACGAGAAGCUGAAGAGACAGAAGCGCAAGCGCAAGAAGAAGUACCUUCAGCUCCGGUCCCGCCGCCAGGACCCGGACUUCCUGGCCGAGCUGGAGGACAUGACUGUCAGGCUGAGCGAGAUUCGGAUUGCCCACCGCAGCACGACCGUGGGGCUGGGGAGCACUUUGGGAAGAGGGGGGCCUGGGGGGCCCGGGAGCAGAGGGACGGGCGUGGGGCCUGGCGGGAGCGGCAGUGUUGGGGGAAACCACCCUCCCCCUCACCACUACUUAACCAGAGACCUCCUCCCCACCAUCUUCAGGAUCAACUUCAGCGGAUACUACUCCCCCCACCCGGCCUACCCCUGCGACUCCCUGCAUUACGUCCGCAAGCCGGACCUGAAGAAGAAGCGGGGACGGCCGCCCAAGCUGCGCGAGGCCAUGGCGGAGGUGCCCUUUGUCCACGGGUUGGGGUUCCCCCUGUCGGGAGCCGGCUUCUACCACCCCUCUUACAGCGUUCCGUACUCGUCUCCCCCUCUGGGACUGAGCUACUACAGAGGGUACCCCCCUGCGGCGACCCUCUACCACCACCCCCCGACCCACCCUGCUCCGCCCCACCCGCACCACUCCCCCUCCUUCCCGCCGCCCCCUCCGCCCUCGUACAUGCACCACCACGCUCCGCACCUCCUGCUCAACCCGGCCAAAUUUCACAAGAAGAAACACAAGCUCCUGAGGCAGGAGUACUUGGGAGGGGGCAGGUCCCCCGUCCUGUACCCGGGCGUGGCCCCUGAGCUGUCCUACGGCUGGCUGCACGAACACAAACACAAACACAGACACAAGCAUCGGGACCGGCGGGGGGAGGAGGGCGCGGCUGAGGGAGGAGGUGCCGGUGGAACGGGCUUGUCUGCAGGUACGGGUUUAGGAGGCACGGGACGAAGCGGUGGGGGAGCGAUGGAAUCUCUGCAGCGCUACCGGUACGGAAAAGAUCCAACCGCCACCACCACCAGUGGCAACAAUUUGGUAACCACGCCCCCAGCCAAUUCCCCAUCAUCUUCCUCCUCGUCUUCGGCCGAGAGGUACAAGCGCAAAGAUGCGCCCUUCCCCUGCCUGGGGCCCUCGUACUUGUCGGCUGGAGGGGGAGCCAGGGGCUACCAUCACCAAGAGUCCUGGCUGAGGAGGGGUAGCCCCGAUGUGGAUUACACCAACUUCUCCAAAAAGACCAACCCUGGCCCGGACUCCUUCGCGGCAGGGCGCCUGCCGGACCCUGAGGGAUGCUCGGACAGUGAGGAGGAAGAGGAGCCUCUGACCCCCCUGUCUGGUUCGGCACAAUCACACGCCACUCCCCAGCACACCAACCUGUUUGCUUCUGCCUUGAGCCGGUCCACCUCCAGGGGUUGCCGGGGCAGGAGGGGUGGAUCUGCAGCACCGGGGCUCACCAGGAGCUUCAUGGCAUUGGACGGGACACUCAGGAAAGACCGGCCCUCGUCAGCUGAGAGGAGGGAGACAGCAGGCUUGCCGACGGGCGCGGAGCCCCGCGGCGCCCCCGAAGGCCUGGAGGAGACAUUGCACCCGCAGCACGGCCUGCACCCUCACCUGCACUACCCCUCCCGCCACUCCUUGCACUGCGGCCACGACGUGCCUCUGGCGGGUCUCCAGGGCCCCUGGGGGCCUCGGCAGCCCAGCCCCUCAGCCAGACCCUCCCCGACCUGCCUCCUGGACCCGGCCGCCCGGUCCCCCGGCCCCCUCCGAGCGAGGCAGGCCCCCCUGCACCGGCCCGGCCGGGGGUGCGAGAGGGCGCUGUCCACCAAGCGCAGCCUGGACCACGUCAACAAGAUCCUCCGGGCCAAGAAGCUCCAGAGGCAGGCUCGCGUGGGCAACAACGUGGUGAAGAAGAGGGGCCCCGGGCGCCCCAGGAAGUACCCGCCCCCGUCCCCGCCCCCGUCCCCGCCCAGCCCGCCCCCCGCCGCCCCGCAGACCCCGCCGCCCCCCCACAGGGAGAGGGGCGACACCGUGCAGGACGUGAUCGAGGCCGUGGUGCAGGGGCAGCACCGGCCCGGCCAGAAACGCAAGAGGUGGGAGAGGGACCGGCAGGAGGAGGACGAAGAGGAGGAGGACGAAGAGGACCCGGACCAGGAGGAAGAGGACCCGGACCGGGAGGAAGAGGAGGAUGAGGCGGAGGGGGAGGAGGGCGAGGAAGAAGUGGAGGAUGAGCGCGAUGAGGAGGAGGAUAGGGCGAAGGGAGGGAAAGAGGAGGAGAGGAGCCGGGGAGCAGGCCCACGGGGGGAGCUGAGGAGGCCGUGGUUCAGUCCGGAGGAGCUGCACGGGUUUCACAGUGCUCUGGAGGGCACACCUGGUAGCCACGCCCCGCCCGAGUGUUUGGCCCAAUCGUCGGUGGAGCCGCCCGCGCCCGUAGCCCCGCCCAGCCAGCGGGAGAAAAGAGCGGCCAGGCCUCCUAAGAAGAAGUUCCAGAGGGCUGGCUUGUACUCUGACGUCUACAAGACCACAGAUCCUCGCAGUCAGCUGCUGCAGCUGAAGAAGGAGAGGCUGGAGUACACACCCGGGGAGCACGAGCACGGCCUGUUCCCAGCUCCCAUUCACGUCGGGAAGUACCUGCGGCAGAAGCGCAUUGACUUCCAGCUGCCCUACGACAUCCUGUGGCUGUGGAAACACAACCAGCUGUACAAGAAGCCGGACGUCCCGCUGUACAAGAAGAUCCGCUCCAACGUGUACGUGGACGUGAAGCCGCUGUCUGGGUACGAGGCCACCACCUGCAACUGCAAGAUGCCGGAGGACUUAGAGGAAAAGGGCUGCAUCGAGGACUGCCUCAACAGGAUGAUCUUUGCGGAGUGCUCUCCUAACACCUGCCCGUGCGGGGAGCUGUGUGAUAACCAGCACAUCCAGAGGCACGAGUGGGUGCAGUGCCUGGAGCGUUUCCGUGCCGACGGGAAGGGCUGGGGCAUCCGCACCAAGGAGCCGCUCCGCUCCGGACAGUUCAUCAUCGAGUACCUGGGGGAGGUGGUGAGCGAGCAGGAGUUCAGGAAGCGCAUGAUCGAGCAGUACUACUCGCACAGUGACCACUACUGCCUGAACCUGGACAGCGGCAUGGUGAUCGACAGCUACCGCAUGGGCAACGAGGCGCGCUUCAUCAACCACAGCUGCCAGCCCAACUGUGAGAUGCAGAAGUGGUCAGUGAAUGGAGUGUACCGCAUCGGCCUGUUCGCCCUCGCAGACAUGAACAGCGGCACCGAGCUCACCUACGACUACAACUUCCACUCCUUCAACAUGGAGGAGCAGCAAGUGUGUAAGUGUGGCUCGGAGAGCUGCAGGGGCAUCAUCGGUGGGAGGAGCCAGCGGGUCAACGGGCUCCCUGGGAAGGGGGGCGGAGCCGGGGGCGGGGCCAGGAGGCUGGGCCGACUGAAGGAGAAGCGCAAGUCCCGGCACCAGCUGAAGAAACGGGAGGAAGAGUCGAGUGACAGUAGCAGGUUUUACCCUCACCUGCACAUGAAGCCCAUGUCCAACAGAGAGAGGAACUUUGUGCUGAAGCACAGUGUGUUCCUGGUGCGCAACCUGGAGCGCAUGCGGGAGAAGCAGGAGCAGCUGAGGAGGGAGGGAGAGAGGGAGCGAGAGAGGGAGAGGGACAAGGAGGGAGGCGGCCUCUCUCUGUACACACGGUGGGGAGGAGUCAUCCGGGAUGACGGCAACAUCAAAUCAGACGUGUUCCUGACUCAGUUCUCGGCGCUGCAGACGUCUCGCUCGGUGCGCACGCGCAGACUGGCCGCGGCCGAGGAGAACAUGGAGGUCACGCGCACCGCCCGCCUCGCACACAUCUUCAAGGAGAUCUGCGACAUGAUCAUCGGCUACAAGGACUCGGCCAAUCAGCCCCUUGCUGCUCCUCUGCUCACACUGCCUUCCAGGAAACGAAACGUGCAGUACUAUGAGAAGGUGUCGGACCCACUGGACCUCAGCACCAUCGAGAAGCAGAUCCUCACAGGACACUACAAGACUGUGGAGGCCUUCGACGCAGACAUGCUCAAAGUCUUCCGCAACGCUGAGAAGUUCUACGGGCGGAAGUCUCCGGUGGGGCGGGACGUGUGUCGUCUGCGCAAGGCGUACUACGGGGCGCGGCACGAGGCCGCCGUGCAGAUCGAUGAGAUCGUGGGCGAGACCGCCAGCGAGGCCGACAGCUCCGAUUCGCUGGAGCGGGACCACGCCCACCACGCCGGGGGAGGGGCGGGGCCCCACGACAAGGACGACGACAUCAUCCGCUGCAUCUGCGGCAUGUACAAGGACGAGGGCCUGAUGAUCCAGUGUGAGAAGUGCAUGGUGUGGCAGCACUGUGACUGCAUGCGGUUGGAGGCGGAGGUGGAGCACUACCUGUGUGAGCAGUGUGACCCUCGGCCUGUGGACAGGGAGGUGCCGAUGCUGCCACAGCCCAGCUACGCCCAGUCCGGCUCUGUCUACUACAUCUGUCUGCUCCGGGACGACCUGCUGCUACACCAGGGGGACUCGGUGUACCUGAUGCGGGACAGCCGCCGCACCCCAGACGGCCAGCCCGUCAGGCAGUCCUACCGCCUGCUGUCCCACGUCAACAGGGAGAAGCUGGACAUCUUCCGCAUCGAAAAACUCUGGAAGAAUGAGAAGGGUGAGAGGUUUGCGUUCGGCCAUCACUACUUCCGCCCCCACGAGACGCACCACUCGCCCUCGCGCCGCUUCUACCACAACGAGCUGUUCCGCGUCCCGCUGUACGAGAUCAUUCCCCUGGAGGCCGUGGUGGGCAUGUGCUGUGUCCUCGACCUCUACACCUACUGCAAGGGCCGGCCGAAGGGCGUGAAGGAGCAGGACGUGUACAUCUGUGACUACCGGCUGGACAAGUCUGCGCAUCUCUUCUACAAGAUCCACCGCAACCGCUUCCCCGUCUGCACCAAGCCCUACGCCUUCAACCACUUCCCCAAGAAGCUCGCCCCCAAGAGGGACUUCUCUCCCCACUACGUCCCCGAUAACUACAAGAGGAAUGGGGGCCGCUCCGCCUGGAAGAGCGAGAGGCCCAAGCUUCCGUGUAAGGAGGGCGGGGCAGCCUGUGUGGGCGUGGCCAGCGGUGAGGAUGACUCCUCCCCCGGAGACGCGGCCCUGUGCGACGGGGGCGGAGCUUCCCGACCUGACGGAGAGGAGGCAGCGAGGGAGACUGACUCGGACCUGGCCUCGAGGGAAACCCCGCCGCCGGCCGUCCCUGCCCAAACGACCCCACCCCCUCUCCCCCAGCCCCCGCAGGAGCGGGGGGCGGAGCGGGAGGCGGAGGAGGACGAGGAGGAAGAGGAGGAGAGGGGGGAGGCGGAGGAAGGGUCAGCGGAGCGGGGGGAGGUGCUGGAGUCCCCCUCCCUCCUUCACUCGGAGGUGGAGAAGAGGGAGGCGCAGAGGGAGCGUCUCAACAAGAUCCUCCUCAACCUCCUGCACAGAACACCCAGCAAGAACGUGAUCGACGUGACCUACCUUUUGGAGGAGGGGUCCGGGCGGAGGCUGCGCAGACGCACGCUGGGAUUGGGAGAUUUCUGCAGGAAGUGAUGUCACCAGGCGCAACCUGGCAGAGGCAUUCCCCUUCAGGAAGCAAAAGGGGGAGGGGCAAGGGGGAGUGAAAGGAAGGGGAGGAUGUCAUGUGACCGAGAGAGGGUCGGAGGGGGCGGGGUUACCUCCCUGUCCUCUGCACCCCAGCCCUCCCACGUCUGUCCCUCUCUCCCGUCCCUCUGUGGACGGACAGGAGGACAUGGCAAGGGGGUAGAGGAACCACACAAACGGGAACCAGUUAGAGAGGAGCG